GGUUUAAAAUAUGAUAUAUACCACUUUGAUAUGAGUUUGCAAUUCUUUCUGAGGAAAAUAGAUUUUGAUUACCCUUCUCUUUCAUUUAAAAGCUUGUUUGUAGGUCCUUGGAAGAAUUUUCAUCUCUUAAUUUAUCAAUAGGAUGAAGAUGUUCAUAGCCAAAAGCACCAAAGGGUUGUUAUCUAUAAUAGUGAUCAUAAUCUUGAUUCUACCACAAAUUGCUGCACAAGCUGUCUCACCUGCUGAUUCUCCUGCAGAUAAUGUGUCAGAACAGAUUAUACAGAAGGAUAAUACAAUUAGAGUUGAUCCUUUAGAUAAUUUCAAAAAGUAUAGAGGAGGAUUUAACAUCACCAACAAGAAUUAUUGGAGUUCUGUGAUAUUCACUGGAGUAUAUGGAUAUGCAAUUGGAAUUUUCUUCCUUCUAUGUGGAAUAGUGUAUGGAGUUUUUUUGAUAAUCAACAAGUUUUAUCAUCACAAAAAUGAAGGAAGAAAAAGAACGAAGGUGUUUCCUUGUAAUUACAAGAGUUGUGAUGUUUCCCUAAUUCAUCUGGCUUUAUUUCUCAUGCUAAUAGCCAUAGUUGCAACAGGACUAGUUCUUAUAGGGAGUGCAAGAUUCCAUUCAGAAGCCAAAACAUCAGUUGAUAUCAUAAUCAAAACAGCAAACAAAGCAUCAGAAACAAUACACAAAACAACAGAAGCAUUAAAAGGCAUGGAGAGUAAUUCGAUGGAAGCCAAUGUCAAUGUUACGGCUUCUUCAAAUCUCGACUCUGCAGCUGAAAAACUUGAUGAUGCAUCUGCAAAUAUUGAAACACAAGCUAGAAAGAAUAGGCGCCUUAUCAACAAUGGCUUGAAAAUAGUGUUUGUAACUACUACAAUGAUUAUGUGCUUGAACUUGGUUGCUGUAACAGUUUUGUCAGUUUCUGGAGUACUAAGGUUAAGGAGGACACUUUACCUGUUUGUUGUACUUUGCUGGUUGAUGACAGUGUUAUGCUGGAUAUUCUUUGGACUCUAUUUCUUCUUACAAAAAUUUUCUAGUGAUGCAUGCAUAGCUCUUGACAACUUUCAAGAAAAUCCUUAUAACAACAGCCUAAGUUCCAUUCUCCCAUGUCAAGAAUUGCUCAAAGCAAAACCAGUUCUAUCUCAAUUUAGUGCUGGCAUCUAUGAUCUUGUUAAUGAGGUGAAUGCAAACAUAUCAAUGCAGGCAACAACAUAUCCAAACCUUGUUCAUGUUUGCAAUCCUUUCUCAGCACCACCAAAUUAUUUCUACGAGCCCGAGAAUUGUCCCGAUAAUACUAUACGAAUAGGAGACAUUCCAAAGGUAUUGAAGCCUUUUACUUGUUUGGAUGCAAAUGAUGGGACAUGUGAGAAUGGAAAUUUCAUAACAAAUAGUGAAUAUGCAAAAGUUGAAACUUAUACAAAUUCAAUACAAGACUUAUUGAAUGUGUAUCCAAGUAUGGAACAUUUGUUAGAAUGCCAACUUGUAAAAGAUGCAUUCUCUCAAGUUCUUGUUAAUCACUGCAAGCCUAUGAAGAGAUAUGCUAAGAUGGCUUGGGUAGGAAUGGUGUUCCUUGGUGUGAUUAUGGUUUUGUUGAUUCUGCUUUGGACUAUAAAAGCUAGUCAUCAACAUUGUUAUCAUAUUUCAGAUGGUUCUGUGGAGCCACAUUUUGAAGUACCAAAUGGCUUGAAAUCAAGAGUAGAUAAAGAGAUUGAGAUUUGAUAGAAACUUAAUUGAUUAACAAUUAAUCAAUUAUAGUUUAUAGUGUUUAAUUAGUUCACAAGAACUUAGGAACCGGGUAUUGGGAGGCAAAAAUGCGCAAGCAGCUUCUCAAUAAUCAUGUGUAUAGGAAGUGUAGGCGAGACUUUACUUACCUUGUAGCCGAACUCCGAAUUACUAGGCCCUUUUUCCCUAGGAAACUAAGGGUUAACACCAAAAACAAAAAAGUGCAGCACUUGUAAGUACAUGACACAUAUAUAGUAUAUAUAGAAAAUGUAUACACACACACAUACAUGUUACAUUUACAUAACACAAAAUACAAGUCAAAUGAUAGACCAAAGUAUCCAGAAUUUGGCUUUGGUGAUGAUAAA